UUGCUGGGAUUUUUGUUUUCGAACCUUCAGCGAAAGAAAAAUGAAGUCACAUCGAUUUAUCAAUCAACUGCUUUUCAUGGUCCUUCGAGUACGUUUCGCGAGUCACGUGGCGCCUCCUCCAUGACGAAUUUCGAAAUGCAGUGAGCCAGUGUCAAGAUGGCGACGCUUAUAGACAACUACGAACAACAAUACGCCGUUUUGACAGCCGACAUAACCGCCAAAAUUGGCAGAAUAGUUUCUCUGUUAGGAGCCGAAAAACGGGAAUUCGUUCAAGAUGUUGACCGACAACUCGAGGAAGCUCAAGAGCUGCUCGAACAAAUGGAGUUGGAGGUACGCGGAACAUCCGGUAACCAGCGUCGUCGUCUGGGUGGCCGUGUGGAGAGUCACAGAGCGGAGUUGAAGAGGUUAACGCGUGAGUUUCAAGCGGCGAAAAAGCCCAAGGACGACAUAGUCGACAUGAGCGGCGAGGAGUCGUGGGAAAACGGUGGAAUUACGGAGGAUCAGAAAAAACAAUUGCUCGACACUUCGGAGAGGAUCGAAAGAACGGGCAGAACACUUCAGAACGGAUAUCGAAUGGUUCUCGAGAGCGAAGAGAUCGGUUCGCAGGUUUUGAAGGAUCUUCACGAUCAGAGGGAAACCAUACAGCGAGGAAGGUCGAGGUUGCGAGAGACAGACGCCGAGCUCGGCCGGGGUUCGAGGCUUUUAUCCGGAAUGAUUUUUCGCGCCCUCCAACAAAGGCUCAUCCUCGCGGCAGUCGCGUUAAUUUUAAUGAUCGUCGGUUGUUUCGUUCUAUAUUAUAGUUUUAGAUCCAAAGAUUAGUUAAACAUAAAUAAUUCUUUAUGAAGAAAGAAAAUUCGUGUGUUGCUACGCGCAUACUCGUGGGCGUAAAAACGUAUGAAUUUACCUAGAAGAAAAAAAAGUUUAACAACCGUUCGUUAUUGGAGGAGCGUGAAAAAAUUGGCAAACCACGAAAACGCGUUUCAUUAUUCCAGCGAUUCUUCGAUGCUCCAACUUUUGGAGCUUCGUCAGCAUUUCCGCUCGUUCGUCGUGCUCCAGACUGUUUUUUCUUCAAAACACAAAUCGAUAACAAAAAUGAAUGAACCAGGUCAAAAGAUUUUUCAAAACUCAACGAAUCGCUGGAAUUAUGAAAUUUCCUAGUUUUAUCGAACCGCUAAGCCCGAACGAGAGAUUCCGCUCGGAAUCAUAGAUGAAUUGCGAUGUAAACGAAUAUUGAUCUCACGCCCACAUUCCGCAACCUCGAGGCCAGUUUGUCGAUUAAUUAUUUUUCCUUUUAGCUUUCUUGUCGUUUUUUUUUCGGGAGGUUGCAAUUAGUCCAAAUAAAGACCAGCCUAACAAUAACUCGGUUUUAUUUUAUGUAUAAUAUUCAUACUUAUAUACAUAUAUAUAAAUAUCUUAAUUUAUAUAUAUGAAUAUAAAUGUUUGUAAAUAUGUGUUGUGUAUCAAUUACCUUAUUUAUUAUAUCGUAGCUUCAUUCAGUGUUUCAUUUUUUGCUCUGCGCGACUAUUGUGUACGAGUGAAAAUGAUAUAUAAUUAUUAAUUCAUUCAUUAAUCAAUCAACCAAUCAUUAUAACAUAAUAUCAACAACAAUAAUAAUAAUAAUAAUAAGAAUAAGAAUAAUAAAAUUAUCGUUAUAAGGAGAGAGAUUAAGGACAGCGUAUCUCGUGUUCGUGUAAACGGCGCUUAAGUCGUUCGUUACAUAAUUCGUGAAUAAUAAUAUCGUUUAACAAA